UGGCCCGUGGGAGGAGUAUGGGGAGGAAAAUGCAGUAGGGCCUGCGUGUUUUGUGUUUUGUGUACCCCCACACAAAGGAGUGUUUAGUAUCGCUUCAUAUCUGCACAUCGACCACUCUGCUGCUGAUUUUUAACCCGAUUUUUCCCCUACCGUCAAACCCUUUCUUAGCGGAACGCUUCUUUUCACACUGGCGCUGCGGACGGAGUGUUUAAGACGGACACUCACCACAAAAAAAAUCUUGCUAGAAGGAAUCCAAAAUCUUGCAGGUUUCUUGCUUAGCUCUAUGUGGAGUGUUUGCUGAGCUUCUUUCAUCUUGCCUACUCCGCCGUCUCGGAAAAGCAAAAAGGGGCGACAGGAUUCUCCAGCGCUCCCAGACGCCGGGCCCUAUUCCCGAGGCAGUUGACAGUCUGCCAGGAAUCGCUCGGAAGUGUCUUAACCAGGAAAGCCUGGGCACAGAGAAAUGGAUGACGAACCAGAAAGAACCAAACGGUGGGAAGGUGGUUAUGAAAGAACAUGGGAGGUGCUUAAAGAAGAUGAGUCUGGAUCAUUGAAGGCCACUAUAGAGGAUAUUCUUUUUAAGGCCAAGAGGAAACGAAUCUAUGCACAUCAUGGACAAGUUCGACUUGGGAUGAUGCGCCACCUGUACGUAGUGGUUGAUGGGUCAAGGACAAUGGAAGACCAGGAUUUAAAACCAAACAGGCUAACUUGCACCUUAAAGCUCUUGGAAUAUUUUGUUGAAGAAUACUUUGACCAAAAUCCUAUUAGUCAGAUUGGCAUUAUUGUAACAAAGGGUAAAAGAGCUGAAAAACUGACUGAGCUUUCAGGGAAUCCAAGAAAACACAUAGCUGCUCUGAAGAAAGCUGUAGACAUUUCUUGUCAUGGAGAGCCAUCGCUAUACAAUGCCCUAAAUCUAGCCACACAGACAUUAAAGCACAUGCCAGGUCAUACAAGCAGAGAGGUUCUGGUAAUAUUCAGCAGUCUAACAACAUGUGAUCCUUCUAAUAUAUAUGACUUAAUUAAGUGUUUAAAGGCAAUCAAAAUCAGAGUGUCUGUCAUAGGCCUUUCUGCUGAAGUUCGAGUUUGCACUGUUCUUGCUCGGGAAACUGGUGGAACCUAUCAUGUAAUUUUAGAUGAAAGUCAUUACAGGGAACUCCUGAUGCAGCAUGUCAGUCCACCACCAGCCUGUUCAAGUUCUGAAAGCUCGCUUAUUCGAAUGGGCUUUCCUCAGCACACUAUCGCAUCUCUUAGUGAUCUUGAUGCAAAACCAUCAUUUAGCAUGGCGCACCUGGAAAACAGCAAUGAACCAGGUCUUACAUUGGGAGGGUAUUUCUGUCCGCAGUGUAGAGCCAAAUACUGUGAGCUUCCUGUGGAAUGCAAAGUUUGUGGUCUUACAUUGGUAUCAGCACCUCACCUGGCUCAAUCUUAUCAUCACCUAUUCCCUUUGGAUGCCUUUCAGGAAGUCCCAGUGGAACUGUAUAAAGGAGAACGUUAUUGUCAAGGUUGCCAAGGAGAAAUCAAGGAUCAGCAUCUCUACAUUUGUAAAGUCUGCCAGAAUGUGUUUUGUGUGGAAUGUGACCUUUUUGCUCAUGAUACUCUGCACUGCUGUCCCGGCUGCAUUCACAAGCACCCUGUUCCUCCUUGUCUAUGAUAUCACCCAUUGCUAGACUGUACUUGCUACAUUCCUGUGCAGAGUCCACUUUGUCUAUUCAGCAACAUACGUUAAAGAUAAGGAAGAAUAACUUAUUUAUCUUUGUGUAAAUUAGUAUUUUUAUUUCAUCAACUCUGUAAUAUAUAUGCGUACACACAGCCUCAUUUAUUUGAUAUUUGUAACAUUUUUAAAAAGUAUUUAACUUUAUUUGGGAUUAUUCUGAAUAAUGUGCCUAUCUUUAUUUCUGAAAGUCAUAAAAUGGACAUCUGUACUAAAA